CCAGCGACCGGAAGUAGCUGUUGGACGCUUUAAAUUCCUGCGGGGUGGAGGGCUUAGCUUGGGUUCCCAGGUCUGGUUUCUCACUCGCAUGGCUGUGGACGUGAAGUCUCGAGCGAAGCGCUAUGAGAAACUGGACUUCCUCGGAGAGGGACAGUUUGCGACGGUCUAUAAGGCCAGGGACAAGAACACCAACCAAAUCGUCGCCAUUAAGAAAAUCAAACUUGGACACAGGUCAGAAGCUAAGGAUGGUAUAAAUAGAACAGCUUUAAGGGAGAUAAAGCUCUUACAGGAACUCAGUCAUCCAAAUAUAAUUGGUCUCCUUGAUGCAUUUGGACAUAAGUCUAACAUUAGCCUGGUCUUUGAUUUUAUGGAAACUGACCUCGAGGUUAUAAUAAAGGAUAACAGUCUUGUGUUGACACCAUCCCACAUUAAAGCCUACAUGUUGAUGACUCUUCAGGGCUUAGAAUAUUUACAUCAGCAUUGGAUUCUACACAGGGAUCUGAAACCAAACAACUUGUUGUUAGAUGAGAAUGGAGUUCUGAAACUGGCAGAUUUUGGCCUGGCCAAAUCAUUUGGGAGCCCCAAUAGGGCUUACACACAUCAAGUUGUGACCAGAUGGUACCGGGCUCCUGAGUUAUUAUUUGGAGCCAGGAUGUAUGGUGUGGGAGUGGACAUGUGGGCUGUUGGUUGUAUAUUAGCAGAAUUACUUCUAAGGGUUCCGUUUUUGCCUGGAGAUUCAGAUCUUGAUCAGCUAACAAGAAUAUUUGAAACUCUGGGUACACCAACUGAAGAACAGUGGCCUGACAUGUGUAGUCUUCCAGAUUAUGUGACAUUUAAGAGUUUCCCUGGGGUCCCACUGCAGCACAUCUUCAUCGCAGCCGGGGACGACUUGCUGGAUCUCAUCCAAGGCUUGUUCUUAUUUAACCCGUGUACUCGGAUUACAGCCUCACAGGCAUUGAAGACCAAGUACUUCAGUAAUCGCCCUGGGCCAACACCUGGAUGCCAGCUUCCUCGACCAAACUGUCCAGGGGAAGCAUUAAAGGAACCGGCGAAUCCAACCAUGGCAACAAAGCGGAAAAGAACAGAGGCCUUAGAACAAGGAAUAUUGCCCAAGAAGCUCAUUUUUUAGUUGCAGCGAACAAUGGACAGUUUCACGACUGAAAUAAAUGAUCCAAAGGCAAAUAAUGGAAAAAAUAGGGAAUAUUAAAUGCUAUAAGAGAGAACUUGUAAAUACUCUACAGAUGUAAAAUAUGUAAAACUAUGGGUUAUUUUUAUUAAAUGUAUUUUACAAUAAAUAUUUGUGAUUUAUGAUUAGAGUACAAGGAUAACUGCAGUCUCUAAAACGUAAUUCACAGUGCAUUAGGGGAGGCUUGACAUGCAGUUACUGGUUACUCUGCAGCUCUGGAUGAUAUGCCACUUAUGAUCACUAGGGAUAGUAUUGAAAACAGAAAACAAUACUGUUAGCAGUUUUGCAAGAACUUUAACCUACUUAUUACCCAGAGUAAAUAGCCCUGAAAAGAUGGCCUUGACGCCUCCCUGAUGUCCUGUCAAUUCGAACUCACUAUGCUCUUCCUGCACGCACAGCCAGGACCUUGGCACUGCUCAUCCCACUCCUUUGACCAAGGAAGAGGCCUCGGGGAGAUUUGUGUUUGUCUUCCAUGGUUUUGCACUGCCAUCUUCAAAGAGUUCCAUCUCACCUUAUGGCAGCCUAUGCCUGUGAUCCUAGCGUGUAUGGAAGUGGAUCUCUAAGUUAGAGGACAGCCUGGUCUACAUAGUGAGCUCCAGCCCGGCCAGAGCUACGCAGUAAGGUCCUCUCUCAAAAAGCAUAAAUAAACAACAAAAAAAAAUCCUACCAUAGCUCAUACUAUUGCUUUCUGUUUUUUACUUAGAAACUUUCUUUCCAUAUUAAUAGAUACGAAUUGAGUUGAUUUAAUUACCAUAUGAUAAUAUAGUACAUAAAUAAUGUAAUUUACCUGU